ACAAAGUUGCACACGAUGCCGCCCACACAACUUUCUCCUCAAGAGGAACAAGAGAAAUUUCUCGAUGAGGCCUCCAUGAUCGUCAAAAAGGAGGCGUUCCAAAUGAAGCGUUGCCUGGAUAAAACACGUUUGAUGGAUGCGUUGAAGCAUGCGUCUAACAUGUUAGGAGAGCUGAGGACGUCCAUGCUGUCACCCAAGAGUUACUAUGAGCUCUACAUGCAGAUAUCAGAUGAGCUGCAGCAUCUUGAGCUUUAUCUCAUAGAUGAGUACAGGAAGGGACAACCAAUCAGUGAUCUGUAUGAGUUGGUGCAGUACGCAGGAAACAUUGUACCUCGCUUGUAUUUGUUGAUUACUGUGGGUGUGGUGUAUAUCAAGACACGUUUAUCAUCAAGGAAGGACAUACUGAAAGACGUGGUGGAGAUGUGUCGUGGUGUGCAGCAUCCACUGCGAGGUCUUUUCUUGAGGAAUUAUUUGUUGCAGUGUACACGAAACAUGCUACCAGAUACAGGAGAAGAAAUAGAAGAUUGCACAGUUGGUAGUGGUGAUGCAGCACACUAUGAUGGGGAAGUGGCUGAUUCUGUUGACUUCAUCCUCCUGAACUACUCCGAGAUGAACAAGUUGUGGGUGAGAAUGCAACACCAGGGCCACACACGAGACAAAGAUAAAAGAGAGCAAGAACGUCAAGAACUUCGGUUGCUUGUUGGUACAAACCUUGUUCGGCUCAGCCAGUUGGAAGGAGUAGAUGUAGGUCUUUACAAGAAGGCCGUUUUGCCAGGUGUUAUGGAGCAGGUGGUGAAUUGUAAAGAUGCAAUUGCGCAGGAAUAUCUCAUGGAGUGUGUCAUUCAGGUAUUUCCUGAUGAGUUUCAUCUUCAGACACUGAAUGAUUUUCUUCAGUCAUGCAGCGAGUUGCAACAGUCAGUCAAUGUGAAGAAUAUUGUUAUUUCUUUGAUUGAUCGACUUGCUGCCUUUGCUCAACGGGAUGAUUCACCUGGUGUACCAAGCAGCGUCAAACUUUUUGACAUUUUUUCACAGCAAAUAGCAGCUAUCAUUCAAUCUCGACCUGAUAUGCCACCAGAAGACAUUAUAUCUCUUCAAGUUGCUCUUGUUAAUCUUGCCUUGAAGUGCUACCCAGACAGAGUAGACUAUGUGGACAAAGUACUGGAGUAUACGCUGGAAAUAUUUGGACGUUUCAGUGUAGACAAUGUUGAUGUGAAUUCAGCUGUUUCCAAGGAACUGCUACAUCUCCUCAAGAUUCCUGUUGACUCAUACAACAACAUCUUGACUGUCCUUGAAUUGAGUCACUUUGCUCCUUUGUUUGAUCAUUUCAGCUAUGCUGCCAGAAAAGAGAUGUCUCUGUACGUUAUCAACAAUGUCCUCGAGCAUGGCACAUUGAUACCAUCUCAGGAGAAGGUUGAUGCCUUACUACAAAUGGUCAACACACUUGUUGUGGAUCAGGCAGAUCAGGCAGAGGAGAUGGAUCUAGAGGACUUUGCAGAGGAGCAGGUGUUAAUGGGUCGGCUCAUUCACUUGUUUCAAGCCGAUUCUCCUGAUCAUCAGUAUCUGAUUUUGAAUGCUGCAAGGAAGCACUUUGGCAGUGGCAGUGAAAAACGUAUCCGAUACACUUUACCUCCUCUUGUCUUCUCGGCAUUCAAGCUUGCUUGCUGGUAUAACAGCAAACAAACUGAGGACGAGAAAUGGUCAAAGAAAUGUCAGCGUAUAUUCCAGUAUUGUCACCAGACGAUUAGUGCCCUUGCCAAGGCAGAGGGCAUGGCAGAGUUGUCGUUACGGCUGUACUUGCAAGGAGCUCAGUCUGCUGAUCAAAUACAGUUUGAAACAUGUGAAACUGUGGCAUAUGAAUUCAUGAGUCAGGCAUUUACACUGUAUGAAGAAGAGCUCGGUGACUCAAAGGCACAACUUGCAGCGAUUACAUUAAUUGUUGCCACCUUUGAGAGAAUGAGCUGCUUUGGAGAAGAAAACCACGAACCACUUAGAUCACAGUGUGCAGUGACAGCAUCCAAGCUGCUGAAAAAGCCUGACCAAUGUCGAGGUGUUGCAGUGUCAUCUCACUUGUUUUGGUCAGGCCGAACAAAAGACAGUCCAGAGGAUGGGACUCUUGAUGGCAAGAGAGUAAUGGACUGUCUUAGAAAGUCUCUCCGUAUCGCCAAUCAGUGCAUGGAAUCAUCAGCACAAGUUCAACUUUUUGUUGAAGUUCUCAAUCGCUAUCUAUUUUACUAUGAAAAAGGCUGCGAGGAGGUUACAACCGCUGUGUUAAAACAGUUAAUUGAUAAGAUCCGGGAAGAUAUGUCUGGAUUGGAGGCAAAUGAAGAGACCGAGCAGAUCAACAAGCACUUUCAGACAACGCUAGUUCACAUUCGUCACAAGCAAGAAGCUGGUGAUCCAAGUGGUCGGGACUAUGCGGGCUUGGUGUUGUAGCCAUAUUUUCUUAUAGUUGUGUCGAACUUUAGGGUGAACGUUAUGCUUCUUCUGCUGCAUAUGUGUUUAUAAUGCUGUCACUUACUCAAUAGUUGUUUGAUGAAAUUGAAUGGUUGUAGUCUUGGA